AUGAGAGAUCCACCACGGCAUGGACAUACAAAUGCUGUUAUCGAAGCAGGGAAUUUGCGCGCGGUAGAUGAACAAGAUAUGCAAAAUCACUUGCAGAGGCUCCAGCUGGAAUAUAGCAUCUACAAUUCUGAUAUCGAACCAGAACACGAUACCGAGUUUAUUUGCAACUGCUCAAUCCACAUGUAUCAGGCCAGAAAGCUGGCCCGACUUCGCGUCCAGACUAAAUGGUCUGAAGCCGUCAUGUAUCCAGGCGAAAAAGCCUACCAUGAUUGCUAUAAGGGGGCCACUCUUUUUAGCAGCAACCCCUAUCAGUUUGUAUCAUCGUAUUCUGCCGGUAUCAUCGGCACGAGUGGUUUUGCUGCCACGAGUAUGUAUGGUGCUACUGGAUUCUAUGGCAUGGCAAGACCAGAUCCUUAUAACUAUACAAGGUCUCUGGAAAGGACACUCAGGCUGAAUGCGUCAUUAAACGCGAGCGCGCAAGCCUCUAUCGAUGCCAAAGAGCCCAAAUCAAGUAUAUGGAUUGUCAAUGAGCCAGCGCCAUUAAGUCCAGAUGAUGAUUCUGCCACGACCUCACCUUCUGGAAAUGAGAAAAGGGUCAAAGCCUCCAGGCUUUCCAAUUUGCGAAAGGCAUUUUCCAUCAAGACUUCUGAGGAAAGAGUGGCUGAGAAAAAGCUGAAAAUAUUCUCCAAGGGCGAGGGACUGCGAAUUGAGAUCCUCAACGAAGAAAAUGGACGAUGGGCAAAUAAAGAAUGGCGAGAUUUAGUGAUGGGAUAUCAAGAGCACGUCGGCAUGGCACAAAAGAUUGCCGAUCUUCGAGCUCGAUGUCCUAUUCAGUAUCUGCACCUUCUCCGGGCAGGAUACUUUGAGCCCAUCCCAGUGGAAUGGGCAAAUCUCGCUUCAAAUCCUCUCAAAUUUCGCAUCGAGGCUUCCGCUGGGUGGAGGGGUAUUACACCUACUUGGAGAGGAUUCGAAGACACUGCCGAAGAACGUCUUUACUGGGUUUUAAAUCAUAGGGAAGGAAGCGGUGGACCACGAUUGAAGCCUGAUCCUAUUUCUGCGAUGGCUAUGGCCCGCGCCAGAAUGGCUUCUGCAGUUCCACCUCCUAUUGAAUAUUACUCCCCCAAUGACGUGUGCCAUACUCAGCAUAAGUCAGAUGACUAUUCAAAGCAAGUUUUGCCAGGUCCCUUCAAGCCUUCCGAUGUUCCAGGGUCGCCUUCAGAUGAUACAAUGCUUUUACUGGAUGUUUCUGGAUCUAUGGGCUUCCAACCUGUUCGUCCGGUCUACCAGCAGGCUCUUAUCACGGGCUACGAAAGGUCUAAUCAGCCCAAAAACAAGGAUCUCGCAAGAGCCACUAUUCGUCGCUUCACCGAUACAAUGAUCCAUUACGAUCAAAAUUCAACUGGUUAUCAACUCGUCACCUUUCAUGACAGGGCAGACUACAUUGGUGUUAUCAACCAUGAAAACUUCGACGAAAUGUGGAACCAUGUUGUUUUCGGUGGCAGAACUCGAGUAAUGACUGGCUGGCAACUUGUUAAGAAUCUUCAUUUCCAGAAACAUUCCGAGUCAGCAUCGUAUCACCCAGUCUACGGGUGGCAAGCUGGUCCGAAGACCCCCAAACUCCGACUGCUUCUAUUGCUUGACGGUGAAGCAAGUGAUAUGGAUGAGUUCGAGCUCGAUUUGCUCAGUCUAUCUUGGGUUCAUGUCACGAUAUUCUUGAUCGGUGUCGAUGGUUGCCCGCAUCAUCACCGACAUGCGAAUGAAUUGCAGAGGAUCAGCGAGGUCAACCCUCAUGUCUCCUUUGUUGAUUCUCAGGGAAAUACACCCGAGCGGUUUAUUACACAUGAGCUGUUGAAGAGACAUCUCGGCUACGAUUUUACGAUGUCAGAAUUCGAGGAGCUUGAGCGACUGCCCUCUUAUGAUGAACUGGAAGGAGGCGGGGCAGCAACUGGCGCCAGGACAGGCUCGAAUGUGCUUUCUUCAUCGCCACUUAAAGGAUCAGUGAAAGCGUGA